GCGGAGCGCCGGCAGCUCGGAGGGGCGGCCAAACCGCGGCGAACGGGCCCGCGCCGGAGCCGCUCUCCGCGCAGAGCGGUGGCUGCGCUAUGGGCAGGAGGAGCCGGCGGGCAGCCGACAGCUCGUCCUCGGGGGAGGAGGAGGAGUAUGUGGUGGAGAAGGUUCUGGAUCGGCGCGUGGUGAGGGGCCAGGCCGAGUACCUGCUCAAGUGGAAGGGCUUCUCCGAGGAGCACAACACGUGGGAGCCCGAGAAGAACCUGGACUGUCCCGAGCUGAUCUCGCAGUUCCUGCGCAAGGACCGCAGGAUGAGGGACAUGAGGGACAUGAGGGACAGUGACGGGACACGGCCCCGGGAGCGCCCCGAGGGCGCCAAGCGCAAGGGACUGCCCGGGAGCGAGGACGGGCGAGCCAAGAAGAAGAGGGAGAGCAACGACAUCGCCCGCGGCUUCGAGCGGGGGCUGGAGCCCGAGAAGAUCAUCGGGGCCACCGACUCCUGCGGGGACCUCAUGUUCCUCAUGAAGUGGAAGGACACGGACGAGGCCGACCUGGUGCUGGCCAAGGAGGCCAACCUCAAGUGUCCCCAAAUUGUCAUCGCGUUCUACGAGGAGCGGCUGACGUGGCACGCGUACCCCGAGGACGGUGACAGCAAGGAGCGGGACCCCCCCCGCAGCUAAACCCCCCCCCUGUACAUAGCCCCCCCUCCGUGGGGACCCCCGGGACUGUCCCCUGUCCCCCCCCAGUGUCCCCUGGGGGCAGGGCUGGGGUGACGCUC